GUGAAGGAAGAACAAGUGAACGUAUCACACAGAAAUGGCUGUAUGGAUUUUGGCACUGAGCAUUCUGAGCUACUCCUGUGUUACCUGUGCAUUAAGGCAUAAGACAUUUGAUUCGUUCACAAGCAGGACGGAGCUGAGCCAUCUGGCAGUGAACCACGAGACGGGGACUGUUUACUUGGGAGCUGUGAAUUUCUUGCAUCAGCUUACAAAAGACUUGAAAUCGUAUCCCUCAAUAGGUGAUGUAACAACUGGACCGCACAAUGAUAACAAAAUGUGCACUCCUCCCAUUGAUGAAAGCCAGUGCACUGAAGCAAAGUUAACUGACAAUUACAACAAGAUUCUUUUGCUGGACACGCUGGAGAAAAAAAUUGUCGUUUGUGGUAGUCUGUUUAAAGGCAUUUGUUCCAUUAGGGAGCUUGAGAACAUUUCAAACAGAACUUAUUAUGAGAAUGGCAGUGGAGAAAAAUCAUUUGUUGCCAGUAACGAUGAGAAUGUAGCCACGGUAGGGCUUAUAACUUCUUUGGAAAAAGGUAGAAUGAUGUUUGUGGGUAAGGGGAACGGGCUAAGUGACAAUGGGAUCAUAAUUAGCACCCGGCAGCUUUUUAAUAAGGAGGGGAGAGAGAUUUUUGAAUUAUAUGCAGAUCCUGCAGUUAUUAAAUCAGCCUACCCUUCCUCAAGCACACAAGAGUUUCUGUACAUCUUCGAAGACAACCGAUACGUGUACUUUAUUUUCAAUGAACAUUUGAAACAGCCCCUUAAAAACCGGACAAUCGUUGCACGGCUCUGCAAGGAAGACGAACACUAUCAUUCCUACUUUGAAAUGGACCUGGAAUGUAAAGAUGAGAGUGGCCCUUAUAACCAAUGUAAUGCAGUCUAUGCUGCUGUGCCUGGGCAGAUUCUUUUGGACAGUAUCACGCUGUCAAGACAAGAUAAUGUCACCCUAUCAGAAAAAAUACUGAUUGCCCUUUUCCAAAGGAUCAACAAAGAUAAAAAUUCCUUGGAAUCUGCUUUGUGUAUGUUUUCCUUGAGACAGAUCAAUCAAAAAAUGGAAGAAGAAAGGGAUAAAUGCUACAUGAUGCGUGGACUGGGUGUUUUUUACAAACCGUUUGUAGCAGAUAGUGAGUUAUGUACUAGUAAAACUCAGCAGGUUCUUCCUAGCACAAUGUUUCCAUGUGGUUCUGAACAUUUGCCGUACCCUCUGGGAAGCAAAGAGGGAAUUACAACUGAACCUCUGUUGAAAAAGGAAGGUGUUAAGCUAACUGCGGUGACCUUUGCGAUAGAGAAUGAUCACACCGUGGCAUUUGUAGGAACCUCCGAUGGCAGAAUACUAAAGAUAUUUCUGGCUAAUCCUGCAAAAGAGUAUGGUGGUGGUGUGCUUGAAAAAAACCAAGCGAUUAAGAAGGAUCUUGUCCUUGAUGCUCUCCAAGAGCACUUGUAUGUGAUGACUGCAAACAAGGUGUUUCGAUUGCCUGUCCAGGAAUGUGAUAUUUAUUCUACCUGUAAUCAAUGUAUUAACGCUCAGGAUCCUUAUUGUGGUUGGUGUGUGACAGAGGGAAAGUGCUCAAGGAAAAAAGACUGUGAAAGAUCGGGUAGGGUAAAUAAUUGGCUCUGGAGCCCAGAUGGCACUUGCUUGACUAUUACAAGAGCUCAGCCUCAAAAUAGGAGCCGCAGAAUCCCAGGCAAGGUAGAAUUGACUCUAAGCCCUAUGCCAGACUUAAAUGAAGAUGACCAGCUACAGUGUCACUUUGGCGAAACGAGUCAUCAGGCUGAGUUAAUAGAUGAAGCUAUUAUCUGUCGUCCUCCAGAGGUAAUCCCUCCAACACCUAAAGGCCAAGACCAUGUCUUAGUUCCACUACAUCUGACCUUUGGUGAUGAUAUAUUUUUUGCAUCAAGUACAUAUCCUUUUUAUGACUGUGGAGAAGCUAUAAAUCUUUCAACGAACGAACCAUGCUUCUCCUGUGCAAGCAGUAGAUGGAUGUGUGAGUGGGACUGGCAUAAUCAUAAUUGUGAGGACUCAUCCUCAAAAGAAGAUGUGAUUAAACAAAAUAUGGAGGAAGAAUGCCCACAAUUUCUAAAUCCCAACCCUAAAAUGAUACCUAUGGAUUAUAUAACGGAAGUACAUUUUGAAGGGAAGAAUCUAGACAAUUAUCAGGGUCAUUCUUUCUUUAUUGGGAAUGAGGAAUUUGACUUUGAGAGCACCGUGGAACACUCAUCUGAUGUAACUUUCUCCUUUAAAAGUCGAAAGUUUUCCCAUGCAAGUGAAACUCUGCAGCUUAAUUUAUACAUAAAAACAAAUCAUGUCAAGAUUGACAGCAAGCUGAUGGUGACUUUAUACAGCUGUUCCUUUGGUCGGAAUGAUUGCAGCUUGUGUCUUGCGGCUGAUCCCAAGUAUGAAUGUGUCUGGUGUGAAAAUAGCUGUGUUUACACAAAAGUGUGCCUAACUCCUACUGCCAUCUGUCCUCCUCCAGUCAUUACUCAGAUUGAACCAAAGAACGGACCACUAAAUGGUGGAAUUUUGUUGACAAUAAUGGGAUCUAAUUUGGGCAUAAGAGCUGAAGAUGUCACAAGUAUAAUGGUGGCAGGCACUAACUGUAUAUUUAAAGAAGAAUUCUACUCUGUUUCUACCAAGGUUGUAUGUAAAGUUGAAGGUGUGCAGGAAGCAAGGAAAGGUGAAAUUGUAGUUGAUGUCAAUGGACAGCAAGGCAGAUCUACAAGUGAAGUGCAGUUUACCUAUCAGGAUCCAAACCCUACAGGAAUACAUCCCACAAGAGGUCCCCAAGCUGGAGGGACUGUCCUAACUAUCACUGGCACAAACUUGGACACUGGCUCAAGACAAGAUGUUAAUAUUUCCCUUGGCGGAGUGCCCUGUGAAGUUACCCAAUUUGGUGAAGAAAUAGUUUGUGUUACUGGGCCAAAUAUCAGGGUUGGAAAUGCUAUUGUAACAGUACAGCAUGGAAGUACUGGAAAACAAAUAGAAUAUGAACCCUUUACCUAUACAGAGAAUCCUAAAAUUGAUGGCAUCCAACCCAAAACAAGCAUACGCAGUGGAGGGCGAAAUAUUACUGUGACCGGGAGUGGUUUUGACAUCAUUCAGUGGUUUUCUGUGGAAGUCUUAGUUGAACCUUAUGGGGAUUUCUUAUCAAAGAAGAGGAGAAGAAGGCAGAUACAGGAACCACAAAUGUUUGAAGGAAACGUUAUCUCAAAAUUGAAUGACACUGCGAUAGUCUUCUUGUCUCCACCAGUUGUGGAAGAUCCAGAAAGGUAUAAAAUUGCUACACUUAUUAAAAUGGAUGGGUACGAGGAGUUGUUACAAGAGCCAUUGCAAUAUUUUCCCGAUCCAACCUUUGAAAACUUCACAGAUGGUGUCAAGAAGCAAGUCAACAAGCUGAUUCAUGCAAAGGGCAGUAAUCUGAACAAAGCCAUGACCAUCGAAGAGGCUCAAGCAUUUGUGGGAGAGCAACCCUGCAUCAUAAAAACCCUGACUGAGAAGGAUUUAUACUGUGAACCACCCGAAGUGCAGCCCCCUCCAAAGAGAAGGCAGAAGAGAGAUACAGUUAAUAACCUGCCAGAAUUCAGCGUGAAAUUUGGCUUCAAAGAAUGGGUCCUAGGAAGAGUGGAAUAUACCCAAGUGACUGACAUACCGCUGAGCCUGAUUUUGCCAUUAGUAAUUAUUCCCAUGGUGGCUAUUAUCAUCAUCUCGAUCUAUUGCUACAGACGGAAAAGUCAACAAGCAGAACGAGAAUACGAAAAAAUUAAAUCACAGCUUGAAGGCUUGGAGGAAAGUGUCAGAGACCGGUGCAAAAAGGAAUUUACAGAUCUAAUGAUAGAAAUGGAAGAUCAGACAAAUGAUAUCAACGAAGCAAGAAUUCCUGUGCUGGACUACAAGACCUACACAGACAGAGUCUUCUUUCUGCCAUCCAAGGAUGGAGAAAAAGAUGUAAUGAUCACAGGGAAGCUGGACAUUCCUGAAGCGAGGAGGGCUACUGUAGAACAGGCUCUGAAUCAGUUCUCCAAUCUCCUUAACAGUAAAUCAUUUCUCAUUAACUUCAUUCACACACUGGAAAAGCAAAGGGAAUUCUCAGCACGUGCAAAAGUGUACUUUGCAUCUCUGUUGACUGUAGCUUUACAUGGAAAAUUAGAGUACUAUACUGACAUCAUGAGGACGUUGUUCUUGGAGCUGAUGGAGCAGUAUGUGGUGGCCAAAAACCCUAAGCUGAUGCUCAGAAGAUCAGAAACAGUUGUGGAGAGGAUGCUUUCUAACUGGAUGUCCAUUUGUCUGUAUCAGUAUCUUAAGGACAAUGCUGGAGAACCUCUUUAUAAGUUGUUCAAGGCCAUCAAACAUCAAGUGGAAAAAGGUCCUGUAGAUGCUGUGCAAAUGAAAGCCAAAUAUACACUGAAUGACACUGGUUUAUUGGGAGAUGACGUAGAAUAUUCACAACUGACUGUGAAUGUAAUUGUCCAAGAUGAAGGUUCAGAGUCAGUGCCUGUAAAAGUACUCAACUGUGAUACUAUUUCUCAAGUAAAGGAGAAGAUAAUAGACCAAGUCUACCGGAAUUUACCUUACUCACAAUGGCCAAAGCCUGACAGUGUAGUUCUUGAGUGGCGUCCAGGUUCUACUGCACAGAUACUCUCAGACUUGGACUUAACAUCCCAAAGAGAUGGCAGGUGGAAACGUAUCAAUACCCUGAUGCACUAUAAUGUACGGGAUGGGGCUACUCUCAUCUUGUCUAAAAUGGGGGUCUCCCAACAGCCAGAGGAUCACCAGCAAGACAUGCCAGAGGAAAGGCAUGCCUUGUUAGAAGAGGAAAAUAAGAUCUGGCAUCUAGUUCGGCCAGUAGACGAAGUUGAUGAGGGGAAAUCGAAAAGAGGGAGCAUGAAGGAGAAGGAGAGAACCAAAGCUAUUACAGAAAUCUACCUGACAAGACUUCUCUCUGUGAAGGGUACGCUUCAGCAGUUUGUAGAUAACUUUUUCCAUAGUGUUCUUGACUCAAACCAUGUUGUGCCACCAGCUGUGAAAUACUUCUUUGAUUUCCUUGAUGAGCAAGCCGAAAAGCACGAGAUCAAAGAUGAGGAUACAAUCCACAUCUGGAAAACAAAUAGCUUGCCACUUAGGUUUUGGGUGAACAUAUUGAAAAACCCUCAUUUCAUUUUUGAUGUUCAUGUUCAUGAAGUAGUGGAUGCUUCCUUGUCAGUCAUUGCACAGACUUUCAUGGAUGCUUGCACAAGAACGGAGCACAAAUUAAGCAGGGAUUCUCCGAGUAAUAAGUUGCUCUAUGCAAAAGAGAUCUCUACAUAUAAAAAGAUGGUGGAAGAUUAUUACAAAGGUAUUCGGCAAAUGAUACAAGUAAGCGACCAGGAUAUGAAUACACAUUUAGCAGAGAUUUCUAGGGCACACACAGACUCAUUAAACACACUUGUGGCUUUACACCAGCUCUAUCAGUAUACGAACAAAUACUAUGACGAGAUCAUAAAUGCACUUGAAGAGGACCCAGCUGCACAGAAGAUGCAGCUUGCUUUUCGAUUACAACAGAUAGCGGCUGCGUUAGAGAAUAAAGUGACUGACCUUUGAUUUGAAAGCUGCAAUAAAGAAGUCUGAUCUGAAGAUGUGUAAAUUCAUUCUUCCUGAUAAGGAAAUAGUGUUCUAUUUUUUAAUGUGUAAUUACAUCUUUAAAUGGGGGGAAAUCAUUUUUUUAUAGCAAAGCUGUAAUGUAAAGAGUUUUUACUGUAAAUUAUGCUUCUAAUUAAAAUCUUGUGUUGUGUGUGAA